AUGGUGGACAGCGGAGCCACCACGAAGUUUAUCAACAAGCGAUUCAUUGUAGAGAAUAAGGUGCAGACACGGAAGCUAAAAGAACCGAUUCCGCUAUACAAUAUCAACGGCACCCUUAACAAGGAUGGAAGCAUCUCGGAAGUAGCAGUGCUACAGAUG